GGAGAAACAUGGCGGACGACCUGGAUGCUGAGGCGCGCGAGGAGCUGCAGCAGGAGUUCAACCUGGUGGCCAAGGGAGGCGUGCUCAACCUCAAUCAGCUGGGAGAGGUGAUGCGGAACAUGGGCCAGAUCAUGUCGGCUACCGAGCUGAAUGAGCUUUGCUCGGCGGCAGGCACUUCGCCGCAGGCUGUUGACUUCAACGGCUUCCUCACCAUGAUGGCCAAGAAGGUGGCAUCGAACGACUCGAAGGACGACAUCAUCCUGGCGUUCUCGGUCUUUGACAAGGACGGCGCUGGCUAUGUCGCCGCGUCGGAGCUUCGCCAUGUCAUGACCAACCUCGGCUCGCGGCUGCCCGAGGCCCAGGUUGCCGAGAUGCUCGCCGAGGCAGACUCGCACGCCGACGGCCGCGUCAACUACCAGUCGUUUGUCGAGCAGAUGCUGGCCAAGGGCGAUCACCUGUGACGGGCAGCAGAGGUAAAGACGGCAUUGGCCGGACGAGGA